GAGCGCGCAACCGCCCGCGCCCACCGGCUCUGCGCGGGCACCGGGCAAAGGCGGGGAGAGGGGGGACCGCCGCGAGAGCGCGCUGGGCAAAGGCGGAGACGGGGAGUCGCCGCCGCCGCCGCGAGCGAGCCCCGCCCCGCCCGCCCGCUCCCCGCCCGCCGGGCCCGCUCUGCCGCCCCCCCGCCCGCGCGCGCGCGCCGCUCCCGCGCCGGCCGGGCCGCAUGAGCGGCAUGAGCGGAUUCGCCUGAGCCUCGCGUGCCCUCCCCCCGCUCCCCGCUCCUGCUGCCGCCGGGUCCCGGCGGGCGCCGAGUCCCUCCCGUGCCGCCGCCGAGGAUGCUGAAGAUGAAGCUGCCCCUGAAGCAGACGAGCCACAAGGCAGCGGCGGCGGAAGAUGCGACGGCGGCGGGGUUGAAGGAGCCCGGCGGUGCCUUGGACUGUCACCUCCCGCUGCAGCAGCAGGUGCCCCGGGCUCGCGGGGGUGCCGCGGCGGCGGCGGGGAGGGGCUGCGGACUGGAGAGGCCGAGCCGGCUGCACGGCCUGGGGCCGGGGCCCGGGCCCGGCCCGCCGCCCCCCCCCGCCGCGCUCGGCGCUCCGGGCGGCGGCAGUCCCGGCUCGGCGGCCGCACGCACCGACAAGGAGACGGUGUACGAGUGGUUCGGGCUGGUACUGGGCUCGGCGCAGCGCCUUGAGUUCAUGGUGGGGCUGCUGGACCUGUGCAACCCGCUGGAGCUGCGGUUCCUGGGCUCCUGCCUGGAGGACCUGGCCCGCAAGGACUACCACUGCCUCCGCGACUCGGAGGCCAAGGCCAACGGGCUCAGCGACCCCGGGCAGCUCGGAGACUUCCGCGACCCCGCCGUGCGCUCCAAGCUCAUCGUGUACCUGGCCCUGCUGGGCUCCGAGAACCGCGAGGCCGCCGGCCGCCUGCACCGCCUCCUGCCCCAGGUGGACUCCAUCCUGCAGAGCUGCCCCGCGGCGCGGCGGGCCCCCGCCGAGGAGGACGAGGAAGAGGAGGAGGAGGAGGAGGGGGACGUGGUGGUGGUGAUGGACGGAGCGGCGGAGAACGGGCAGGCCGGGCUGCCCGCCGCCCAGGGCCUGGGCUGCGGCGCGCAGGAGGAGCUGCUCCUGCUCUUCACCAUGGCCUCGCUGCACCCGGCCUUCUCCUUCCACCAGCGGGUCACCCUGCGGGAGCACCUGGAACGGCUGCGGACGGCCCUGUGCAGGGACCAGGAGGAGGAGGAGGGGUUCGGCCGCCACCCAGCCCAGAAUGACUUUUCUCACAGUGACUGCAUGUCGAGUAAUGAGACCAGUUUGCUAGAACGAACCACAGCACCUCAUGAUGGACUACCGAUGGCUUCCCAUAGACCUCAGCGGGAAGCUGUACACAUUGAGAAGAUAACCCUGAAAGGAGUACCAAGAAAAAGGGCUGACAAACAUUUGGAGUACACAUUCAAAGUAACCUGGUCUGAUCUUUCGGUAACAUGUGUAACAAAAACACACCAGGAGCUUCAGGAAUUCCUGCUAAAACUCCCAAAGGAACUAUCUUCUGAAGCAUUUGACAAGACUAUUUUAAGAGCACUAAAUCAGGGUUUUCAGAAGAGGGAAGAACGAAGGCAUGCUGAUCUUGAGCCCAUAAUCAGGCAGCUAUUUUCGAAUACAUCGCAAGCUUUUCUGCAGAAUCAGAGAGUAUACAACUUCUUCCAAUCAAUUUCAUCAGAAUCUUUGCACACUCACAGUAACUUACAACCCUCUUUGAAGACGGUUAAGACACCAGAACACUUCAAGGAGGACAGUUCAGAAGCUUCAAGUCAGGAGGAAGGUAGUUGUGUACUCAAAGAUGUAAUGCAACACACAUCAGUUCACAAGAAACAUAAUGGAAAAGGUCCUGUUGCCAACAGCACUAGCAGUGCAAAAUGUUCUUCACUGGAUAGCCUUAACAUACAGCACUCGGAGCAAAAUGGGGUAAUGGACUGGAGAAGGAAAAGCUGUAUUGUCCAGCAGCACCCAGAGCACUGUACAAAUCUACUUGACCAGCACACGGUGGAAAAACGAAGUCUAUCUGCAGUAAGCAAGAAGAAAGGAAAGCCACAGCUGGAAAAGUUAUUUGUGUCCAUGCAUUUGCAAAAAAACAGUGAAAAUUAUUUACACAGGGAGAAAGCAAAGAAAACUGAGUGCAGAUUGAAUAACAGGAGCAAUGGAGUUCGAGUUGCGGCAUCACAGCACAUCCGUACUGGGACAGCAAAAGAUCUGAAUCUGGACGCUGGAUCUGGUCAUGACACUUGUGGAGAAACAUCAUCUGAAAGUUACAGUUCUCCUUCUAGUCCACGACAUGAUGGGAGGGAAAGCUUUGAUAGUGAAGAAGAAAAAGACAGAGAUACAGACAGCAAUUCUGAGGACUCUGGGAAUCAAAAUACAACCAGGUUUACAGGCUACAGUGCUGUCAGUUCAUCAAAUAUGAACAAAUCAUCUGCUCAGAUCUCUUCAGUGAGUAAUGAAAAUGGGAACCUUUCAGAAGAUCCUUUGAAUGCAAAGUUUCAGCAUAUUUCCUUCAUGCCUGCCUUACACUGUGUGAUGCACAGCGCUGCCCAAAAGCCGGAAGCAGUUGUCCCACCCCCCAUAUCUGCAGAUGGUAAAACGAUGGGAAUGCUCGUUACCGCGCCUGUCGCUGUCUCGCCAGUGAGAGAGUCUGCGAAUUCCCCGCCUGGUGGAAUGGGCCCAGUCACCUCCGGUGACCCUGAGAAACGUCUUGAGCUGAUGGCUUCCCCUUUGCCAGUCCCAUCCACUUUCCUUCCACAUUCUGUCCAGCCUGGUAGCCCUGCUUUGCAUUUGGCAAUACACAGAUUGAAAAUGCCCUCUCCCCAGGGAUCAUCGGAGAGUUGCACAGUUAAUGGACCACAGCAGCCGACAGGAAACUUAAGUAUUGGAUCACCAAAUACUGCCUUUAUCCCAGUCCACAAUCCAGGUAGUUUCCCAGGAUCUCCAGUUCCUACUACAGAUCCCAUCACAAAACCUGCAUCCCAGGUGGUAGGACUGAAUCAAAUGGUGCCUCACAUUGAGGGAAACCCAGGAGCAAUCCCUCAGCCUACCAAUCUAAAGGUAGUUCUUCCAGCAGCUGGUCUCUCCACAGCAGCACCGCCACCUCCACCAGCUUCGUACGCUUUGCCAGGCAGUCCUCAUGCUACCAGUGUGUUGCCCAACCAGAAUACAAACGUGCUAAACACUGGAGCAACUUCCUCACCACCUCAGUCCGCUGGCUUAGGUGUUGGUCAGGUCCAGUCCACUGUUCCUCCUGCAAUACCAACACACACGCCAGGCCCUGCCCCCAGCCCGAGCCCCGCUCUAACACACAGCACUGCACAGAGUGACAGCACAUCCUACAUAAACGCUGUUGGGAAUAAUAACACUAACGGGACAAUGUUACCUCCGCAGCAGUUGGGAUCUGGUCCUUGUGGUUCUUGUGGACGUAGGUGUAGCUGUGGGACCAAUGGCAGCCUUCAGAUUAAUAGCUAUUUUUAUCAUAACCCACUUCAUGGACAAGUCUACAGAGUUCCACCUUUCUUCCCUCUGCCAUCACUUUGCAAUGGCAGCUACCUCAAUCAAGCACAUCAAAGCAAUGGAACACAACUUCCGUUCUUCCUGCCUCAGUCUCCAUAUGCAAAUGGGCUUAUGCAUGACCCAGUGAUGGGGAGCCAAGCCAACUAUGGUAUGCAGCAGAUGGCAGGAUAUUCGAGGUUCUAUCAUGUAUAUCCAGCACCUAACGUAGUUGCCAACACAAAUGGGUCAGGACCCAAGAAGAAUGGGAAUGUUUCAUGUUACAAUUGUGGUGUAAGUGGACACUAUGCGCAGGACUGUAAGCAGUCAUCCAUGGAGGCCAGUCAACAAGGUAAUCAUGAUAACUCCCAGCGGACUUGCUUUUGAGUUUAGCAGUUUCUCUUUACCUUUCUGAAUGUGCUGGUUUUGGUCUUGCAGAAAGGUGUGCGUGCGUGUGUAUGUUUUGUGUAAAUGGUUGUGCACUAGUGACCUGCUCUAAAACUGCAAAGUAUCUUAUCUCUGCCUGAAAAUCUUGUAGAACAGUGCAAGGGAACAGGAUUCACAGCGUGAAGUUGAAAAUACGUAUGAAUUGAAGCUGGAAGGUCAAAUUAUACCAGUCCUAAAUUGUCCUUCUUUUUUCACUGUUUUGUUUUUGACAUUAUGUCGAGAUUUGCAUGUUGUUUCAGUUUUUGCAUUCCCAUUCAGUGGGGGGUUUUUUGAGAGAAUUCAUUGGCAAAAAGUGAAAGAUAUCAAUUGCUGCCUAUGAUAUGACCUUGGAUUUCUAAAACUUGUGAGAAUUUAAAGAAAAAACAAUAGACUGGCCAUUUAAUAAUCUAACUAAGGCUUACCUUUGCACAGUCAGCUAUCCUUCUGUGUCCCAUCAUGCAAUACAUUUAACUUUUCAGACAAGUUGCAGCAAAAAGGCAGAAAGCAAUUGAAACUAAAAAUCAAAGGAAUGGCUUCAAUUUCUCUCUCCGUCCAGAAGAAUGGGGGGAAAUGCAGUGUUUGCGUUGAGCAUAAGCUAUUUUUGGUUCUUGUACUUGUGCCCAUUCUGACUUCACUUGUUUGAUUGGAGUGGAACAGGAAAGAUGAACCUUGAUGGGGGUCAUCUUUUCUUUGCAUUUUUCCAGUAAAGCUCAAGUCCCAGGUCUAUGCUCUAUAUCUUUUUUAAAUUUACAGUUCGAGCAAGCAGAUGAAAGAAAACAGGGUAAAGUCUAAGGACCUACUUUAAAAGGACUGGAGGAUGAUAGUGCCUUUUGAAGAGCAUGUCCAUUUUGAUACCUUGUAGUGGUUUUGUAAUCCAUUUUAAUUGUGAGCAGUGACUUAGUAGUUCUCUUUCCUGUUUUAGGCACUUACAGACUGAGAUACGCACCUCCCCCUCCCCCUUCCAAUGAUACCUUGGAUUCUGCAGACUGAAACAAGUAAACAUUGCCUACUUAAACUGAAGCUUGGGAAACUGGGGGAAGGUGUAUGUGGGAGGGAGGGGCUGGUCUUGUGUUUUGGGACAUUCCCGGUUUUAUAUUCUUUUGGAAUUUUUCAUUGCUUUUGCACCUCUGUUCCGUACAAAAGAAGAAAGCUGAGUCCCUGGUCUCCUCCUGGUUCUACAAAAGGCUUGCAUAAUGCAUGUAAUUCAAACACACAGCCAAACAAUCAGACAGAGCAUUCAAACCAUGCUUUUGCACUGAAGACUUGAGACAUGUGCAAUGUUUACUGCAGUUUUUAAAAAAAAAAAAAAAUUCCUCUGACCUCUGACAUCACUGGUGGAGCAGCCAUAUGGUGAAAGAAGAAACUUGGUCGUGUUCCCCACCACAAUCUUCUUCCCUCCCUCCCUGUUCUCCUUUAUGCUGCUGUUUUCUUUUCUUUCCCUGGUUGUCCACGUGGAUUCGUUGGACUUGCAUGAGUGUUUAGCAGUUCAUACAGACCCUGCCCGUACUCUAAAUUUAAUGCUCAUGAAUUGAGGGGAGAUGUUCAAAUGUUCUAUUAGCAGAGUCCAAAGGAAAACACAAUACUGUAUGUGUACUAUAUCUGAUAAUAAUUCAUAUACGCAGCUCUCAAGAGGCCCAAAUAAAUGAAAAUACAUAGAGCAGGAAGGGGCUGAAACUGUGUGGACUGGAACAGAUUGAGAAAAAUGAACGAGCUUAAAUUGACAGAUUUUUCUUCCCUUGUAGCUUUUUAGCCUGUAUGUUCAGCAACAAAGGUGAAAAAAAUGGUAUGAAUGUUGUACUCAGUGUGUUUGCAUUUGUAAUGAAAGUUGACAGCAUUUUUUCCUUUUUUAAAGCUAUUCUACAUCGUGUCAACACAGAAUGAACAUUACUUGAUUGAUUAUUUUUUUCCUAAACUGUUACAGUGUUGCAUUGUACUUAGAAUGUAAAUGUUUUAUUUCAAACUGAACAAAAGCUAUGGUUUUCUACAAAAUAGUCAGGUAUUAGUAUUAGAACCUGUCUACCAAAUAGCAAAGUCACUAUUUUAUAACAAUUUACCACUAUGCGUAAUUACGGUAUAAUGUGAAAGACUGAAAUGAGUGUUAAGAUGGUAUUAAACAUGUCAGUAUCAUGAGUAAGUUUAAUGCUGCUGUAUUUUUUAUUUUAUUUUUAAAAGCCAAUAUAUGUACUAAAUUGCUUCCAGGUAAUAUUUGAUUUCCUAAAGUGCACUGAGGUUAUCUGGAAGACGAGUGUGUUUUUUUGACUGCUGCAUUCAACACCGAUGAACAACUACCACUGUAUAUCCAUAGGGUUUGGCAUUCCUCACAGUUCAUGGCAGAAAUGUUUUUUCUUAAAAUCAGACCCAGUGUCCGGUAGAGGGAUGGAAUAAAAAUCAGUCUUUGGUUCAGCCGUCUAAUAAAUUGCUAAACAAAAAACUUGAAGGAAAAAAAAAAAGCUUGAUUACUACAUUUCUUCAUAGGUAGCAUUUAUAUUUAUAGCACCAG